ACUCGAGACCGUUUGUUGAUAUUUAUUCAGGUUAUUGCUAAAUAGGUCUUGUAAAUUGAGCAAUCAGUUAUAUCCUUGCCAUCAAAAUCUUCAGUUUACAAAAAUGGGUGUCCUGCAGUGGCUCAAAGCCUCAAGAAGAGAAAAGAUUCUUCCUUUAUUGCAAGGUUAGUUCCCUCUCAAUGAAAUAUCAGUUGGGUUCCUCAAGAAAAUGAAGAUUCUGAAACAAAUUCGUAAGUUUUCAACCUUUAUUGAUUCAACCAAACACACCCACCAAGUGUUUGUGAAAUUGAUAACCCCUAAACAAAGAAAAUUGGACCCAAUUCCGUUGCCUCACAGAACCAUUUCUGAUCCCAAAGGUCAAGAUCUUGAUUUUGUUAAUGUAGCUCAUAGUCAUCUUAUACACUCUGAUUGGACUAAGCUUGAGAAUUUGUCUUCUGGACUAACCCCAUUUAGAGUUAAGCACAUUUUGCUGAAAAUUCAAAAGGAUUAUGUUUUAUCUCUUGAAUUCUUCAAAUGGGUUGAGGUUAAAAGUCCGAAUUCGAAUACCCUUGAGAAUCAUUCCAUUGUUCUUCAUGUUCUUACUAAGAGUAAAAAGUUUAAAUCUGCUGAAUCAAUUUUGAGGAAGCUCCUUGUAUCAGGUUCUGUUGAUUUUCCUGGUAAAUUGUUUGAAGCUAUAGUUUUAUCAUAUCGAAUGUGUGAUUCUUCACCGCGUGUUUUUGACUCAUUGUUCAAGUGUCAUGCUCAUUUGAAGAAGUUUAGGAAUGCUAGUGAUACAUUUUGCAGUAUGAAGCAGUAUGGGUUUGUUCCCACUGUUGAGUCUUGCAAUGCAUUCAUGAGCACGUUGCUUAGUUUUGAUAGGGUAGAUGUUGCAUUGGCUUUUUAUAAGGAGAUGCGUCGGUCAAGGAUUUCACCUAAUGUUUAUACCUUUAAUAUGGUCAUGAGUGCUUUAUGCAAAUCGGGAAAACUAGAAAAGGCUGUUGAGGUCUUAAGGGAGAUGGAGAACAUAAGUUUGAAACCGACAGCUGUGUCUUAUAACACUUUGAUUGCUGGACAUUGUAACCGGGACAUCUUGAGUGUUGCACUGAAACUUAAGACCACGAUGGAGAUGAAUGGGGUACAACCAGUUAAUGUUACAUACAACACUCUUAUUCAUGGUUUAUGCAAGGUAGGGAAAUUACAUGAAGCAAACAAACUUUUCAGCGAGAUGAAGAAAACCGGUGUGGCUCCUAAUGUUGUCACUUAUAAUACGCUGAUAAACGCGUAUAGCCAGGUUGGUAAUUCUGAAAUGGGAAGUAGGCUUUUCGAGGAGAUGGCAAACAAUGGAUUGAAGGCUGAUAUCUUGACUUACAAUGCAUUGAUUAUGGGACUGUGCAAGGAGGGGAAGACAAAGAAAGCUGCAUUUUUGGUCAAAGAACUUGAUAAAGCAAACUUAGUUCCUAAUUCCUCUACUUUCUCUUAUCUGAUCAGUGGACAGUGUACCAGAAGGAAUCCUGAUCGUGCGUUUCAACUCUAUAAAAGCAUGGUUAGAGGUGGUUUUCACCCUAAUAAGCCCACUUUGACUCUAUUGAUAUCCACCUUCAUCAAGAAUGAGGAUUAUGAUGGAGCAAUGGAAGUCUUGAAAGAGAUGCUAGAAAGAUCUAUUACCCCUGACUUGGGUAUGUUAACUGAAAUAUGCAGCAUGUUUCUCAGAUGCGGCAGAGAAGGAGCAAUCAUAAAACUCUUACAAGAACUAGAAGCUAAACGCCUCAUGCCCGAAGGUUUUGAUAAAACAAAAGUGAUUAGCUCUACAGACGGAAGAUAGAAUGUAUUUUUUUAACAAGAAAUAGAAUCUAGACGCUCAUGCCUGAAGGUUCCCAGCAGUCAGGUUUGGUCCUCUGGACAGCAACCCGGCUGGUAUAUACCCCACAUAGGAAACUGGGCUGUGAGGUGAGUAACUAUAUUCAACAAUCAUUUGGCAACACCGUUCCUAAGCCCUUCUAAGUGAAAGGGGAUGUUUUCAGUCCCAAGCAACUUUGUCAGUACUCCUUUUCAUUCGACAGACUGAAGAUAGAAUGUUCUCUAGAGUUAGACAAGCUUCCUUGAUGACAAACCAUUUAAAACUCAUUACUUUGACAGGAGCUCUGGAAUUCCAUAUCUGUUUCUAAGGACCAACAUUAAUCUGAUUCCCCGCCUUCGAUUAAACCUUAUGGAGUAGCAUUCUCUUUAUUGAGAGGAAGGUAUUUUUGCCAUGUUGGACUACCUGGGUGGACUGCCAUGUCAGCUCUAAUAGCAAAGAUAAUGUUUUAAGGAUAUUUGUGGUCCAAAACAUAGACGACAAGGGUGGUUUUGAUCCCAAACAUAAUUAAAGGGUAUAUAUGAGCUAUUUCAAAUAGUUUGAGGGUGAUUUUGACCCUUUUCCGUUAACUUUUUACUGCUUUUGUUAAUGUAGAGUUCCAGAAAGCAAAAAAUAAAAUAAAAAUCUU